CCCCCAACCCUCGCCCGCCCUCGCCGCCACCGGCUCGUCGCGCUCGCGCCGCCGAACGUCAACAAACACUUCUCGUGUGGCCGCGCGCGGUGCAGGUUCUGUUGGCUGUGUCUGUGCUUCCCGAGGUGAUCCCGUGUUGAACGAGAGAGAAGCGUUACGCCGUGAGGAUAUCCGCCGGUCCAUGAUGGAGCAGGAGCAUGUGGACAAGGUGAAAUACUACCUGACGGCCUACCGCUGCAUGUUGUGUAUGCGAAGGUUCGGCCUCGCGAAGGAGCUCCUGGAGCACAACAAACUAGAACACGCCGAGCUGGAAGAUGAGGUGUCGCAACCGGAAAUCAUCACCCUCGAUUCGGAUUGCGAGGUCGAGUCGAUCCACGGUGCUGAAGAUGUUGCGGGAUUUGUUGAGAGCGCCGCCCCAUCCCAGCUCGUCCCUGUACCGAGCGUGGUCGAGCCGCAGCCCCCCGUGGUCAGCGCCCCUGCGUUCAGCGAGAGGCUCCGGACGCUGCCCCCUGCGCCCAGCACCACUGCGCCCAGCGAGCUGGUCAGCACACUGCCCCCCGUGGUCAGUGCCCCUGCGCUCACCGAGAUGAUCAGCCCGCUGCCCUACGUGAGCGACAUCAGCCCUCGGCCCUUCCUGGCAGGACCUCCGAAAAUUCGGCUCGGCCCGCUGACUUGGCCGGCCGGUCCUCAGCUCGGCCUUCAACAGCCCUGCCGUUUCCGCCCUUCGAACGGCCCGGUCGGCCCGUCGUUCCAGCAGCCCAACGUGUCAUUCAUCCUGAUGCGCCCUCGACAGCCCGAGCCGGUGCCCUUGGUGCGCGGGCCGAGCCCGUUCGCGCCCGCGGGGCUGGUUGGCCACGCUCCGAACCCUGGAGCAGCCGUCUCAGCCGCCCCCGUGCCCACCCUCAACUCGGCCUCUCCGCCGCUGGAGCCGGCCGCGACACCGCCCUCGCCCGCCUCGCUCGGCCCGGCGGUCGCCGCGAGUGGCGCCAAGAACAAUCCAGACCCUGUGUGCCGAGCCGAGGUCACAUCAACGACCUUAAACGAAGUGAUCGCCCCCACCAUCAAAAGCAGGACGCCCGACAGCCGACGGGCGUCCUUAAUCUUGGCCCGGAAAAGGAGUAGCACCAGUACCCGCCCCUGUCAAAAGCCUGCCCUCCCUCGCCGCCAGAAGACCUCUAAAACCCGUGCCGCCCCCAUGCUUGCCCGCCCCCACCCCAAGCCGCGCGUUGGCUCAGCGCCAAAUUCAAACACCAGGAAGUACGUAUCCAUUUUAAAGCCUAUCAGCAAGCCAGCUUCCCCGGACUCACCCCAAGUCGAAUUGGAGACAGGCGAGAUAUAUGACAUCACUUCGACCUCCGAAGAGAACCUCGCUCUCACUCACCGGAUGGCCGCCCCGGAGCCAUCCAAAAGCGGCACCGCUCCGGUACACCUAGUACCAUCGGGGGAUGAUACCACGACGCACCCCUCUGGCCGUGCCACCCCAGAAGGGCCUCCCCAACUCCAGGACGGCGCCACUGCAAUACUUCCAGCACCGCCAGGGGAUGAUACUACGAAACACCCCUCUGACAGUGCCGCCCCUGAAGUGCCACCUCAACCCGAGGACGGCGCCGUUGCACUCGCAGCACCACCAGGGGAUGAUACCACGUCACACCCCUCUGAUCAUGCCGCCCCAGAAGGGCCUCCCAAACUCCAGGAUGGCGCCUCGGCAGUACGCGCAGCACUAUCAGGGGAUGGUACCACUUCACCCCCCUCUGACCGUGCCGCCCCUGAAGUGCCACCCCAACCCCAGGACGGCGCCACUGCUGGGGAUGAAGAUACCCCGGCACGCCCUUCUCGUCGUACGUGCAAACGGUCCGCACGCCCGGGGCCCGCGUCCAGGAAGAGGCCACGCACGGCCGCCAACGCCUCGCCCCCGCUCGGAGAAACCCCCUUGGAGCAGCCGCCUACCCAACUCGUGGUUCAAGACGAGCAUCCCCUUGCUCAACUGACGGUUAAAGAAGAGCAACCCGUUGCGCACCCAGCAGUUAAAGAGCAAGAAGAUAACGCCCUUGUAACGCCAGUGGCAAGUGAAGAACUCCAGGGGGAAGGGGCGGUGACUCCUCGCCAUUCUCUGAGGCCCCGCUCGCGGGCUGCCUCCUCCAGCAAGCAGCAGCUCCGCUCUGCCACCUCAGAGACCAGCCGCUGCUCCAUCACUCCACCGCCCCUGGAGCCAUCGGAGCACCGUGAACUCAUGGAAGCCCUGGUCCCCCUCAACCUCAUCGGCUUUCUGGAGGAGCAUCUGGACUUCCCCGUGGCCUUGGGGGCUCAGGACGGAGAGCUGGUGGCGGGAGAGGCAGGCUCCUCAGAACUUCCCCCAGUCCGCCAACUGAGACUGGCGCGCCCGCGUCCCGCGUCCCGCCAGCAGACGGGUGCUGUGGCCGCCCCUUCCACCCCUGAACCGCCCCGACCCCUACUGGUGCCCAAACUCGAAGAUCCUUCAUGUGCGCCGGGACCCCGUCGCGGCCGCCCCCCCUCCGCCGCCACCAAGAGGUCAGCGCCAGCGCGCCAGCGCGCGGGCCCGGCGUCGAAGAAGACCCGCGUUGUGCACGCCCGCACUCCCACUGGCUCUGGUUCCAAGAGCAGCACAGCCACCGCCGCUGUCAAGAGGAAAACGCCCUCGCGGCGGCCUGUCAUUUCUUUACCCCAAUCAGGGCAGCAACCAUGGCUAGAGAGGACUAUCCAAGACCAUACGAGAAAGGUGGAGGGGAGUUCGUUGCGUGCUUGCAACUUUUGCAACUUUAACGCAAGAUAUACCCAGACACUCGUUUUUCAUGUGUUGAGUCACAUAAAACGCCACCCCAACAAAACAUGCUUUGUUUGUGGAGCGAUCUUCAAGACAAUUUCACUUCUUAAAGUGCACCGAACUGUUGUGCACAACACCGCAAUUUACCAGUGUGCCAAUUGCGAUCAUGGACGCUUUGAAACUAAACAUGCUCUGAGACGGCAUAUUGAACUAGUCCAGUGUUUCAAUAAAUCAGUGUAAUUGUAGUUUUGAUUCAGUUAUGUUCACCUGUUUACCAAGAUCAUUAAUGUGGUAAAUGAAACAAGUCUUUUUUUAAAUUACUUUUUUGUAUGAUGAGGAUUGGUCAAUAAAUUAAUCAAGAUCA